ACAUGGGAGACGGCUGUUUUCUGUAGACGUUAGUGCAAAUGGAAAGAUCUGUCUAAAUUUGGAGCAUACAGAAAAUGAAUAAUCAAUUAUCGAAGUUAAAAAUAAUAAUUUUGUUUAAAUGAUAUGUUUCCUAAGUUCAGUGAUCAGAAGUAAAAUGUUAAAGGUGUUGUGUCAGUGUCACAGUGGUCAGAAUAAAGAUUAUUGGAUGAUCUAUUUUUGUGACCUUCAUAGUGACCCCUUUAAUCAAGAGGAAAAGUGAUAAAUUGGUACUAUUCUGGUGUGUGUCACGGAUUUUAAAGAUUUCAAAUCAUAUUUGAUCAUAUUGGACAAUGGGAAGUCGUGACUAGUUGAAAAAAGGGUAAAAUCUGAGAUUGAAACUAGUGGAACUGAAGAGACUUGAAAUAAUUUGAUAUGAAAUCACAUUUAUUCAAGUACUCAAAAGCCAACAAAUAUCACUUGAUUAGAAAGAAUAAAAUCUAGGCUGAUAGGCUGUGGCCAAGCUUUUCGUCUGAUACUGCGGCAGACAUCUUCAGUGGUUGACUACAAGUCGAAGGUGUUUGGACCUAUCUUCAGCUAUGCAUGCUGCCCUGUCGGUUAUCCCCAGCCACACCAGCAGUCAAUGGAUAAUUUUAUAGUAAUACCAAAAUGUGACACAAGACUGAUUCAACUGUCAAAUCUCUUAUCAAUGGGUGCCAGUAUGGGCAAAAAUGCCUCACUAUUAGAUGCUCUACCGUCUGGACAGGGUACACUACAUGUUGUUAUGUUGGGAUUAGACUCGGCUGGAAAAACAACAGCUUUGUAUAGAUUGAAGUUCGAUCAAUAUUUGAAUACUGUUCCAACGAUAGGAUUUAAUUGUGAAAAAGUUAAAGGAAUGGUAGGAAAGGCCAAAGGUAUCAAUUUUCUUGUUUGGGAUGUAGGAGGACAGGAAAAGCUCAGACCACUGUGGAAAUCUUACACUCGUUGUACAGAUGGUAUAUUGUUCGUUUUGGAUAGUGUUGACACUGAACGCAUGGAAGAAGCAAAAAUGGAACUCACAAGAACAGUUAAAUCGCCAGAAAAUAGUAGUGUUCCUAUUUUAGUGCUAGCAAACAAACAAGACUUACCUGGUGCUCGCGAACCAUGUGAACUUGAAAAACUUUUAGGACUAACUGAAUUGGGAAACGGGGGAGCAGUUGGGAGUCACUUAUGGCAUGUGCAACCUGCAUGCGCUAUUACUGGUGAUGGCCUCCACGAGGGAUUGGAGGUUUUAUAUGAAAUGAUACUAAAAAGACGAAAACUAGCCAAAGAGCGAAAGAAAAAAUGUAGAUGAAGUUCGAUUACUGUCAAUAUGUUUUCGUAGUCAGUAAUCAUGGUAGAAGCUUACAGUGUUUUUGAUAAUAUUUUCAAAGAAGGUAAUAAAUCCAUGUUGUAGAAUGGUUUCCGUAAAUUCAAGUAAAACUUCACGAGAGCAAGUUAAAUGGGAUUAUUUCCUGAGAACACUAAAUAAAUAAAGAAUCUGUAUCACUAAUAUAGUCUAAAGUCAUAUGAUCAUUGAAACUCCACAUAUUUUAUUUUAUGAAUGUUACACUAGAAUAAUUAUGUAUGCUUUGGUCAUCUGGAACAGAGUAUCCUCAAAUAAAUAUUUUGUUGAGAAUGUUUUAAUAUUCAA